CUGCUAGCGCUCAGAGGUUCAAGAAAACUCGGCACGGCUACCGCAGGGCAGUGAGGUUGCAUGCUGAAAUUUUGUUUGCGGAGCAGUCUCCAUUAUGGGUUCAGACACUCAGAGAGUCGCUGUGUUUGUUAUUAUGGUAUUUCUUCUUUUAGUUAACUCAUGGCUGUUUUUGCAGCUUACUUUGAGCUAGAAUGCGUAAGGUAUUUUUGUGUUGAAGUGCUGUUGACUUAAAAGUUUUUUCUCUCCUUUUCAAAUUUAUGUUUUGUUUUGCAUUCCAUGUGUAAUUUUAUACUUAUAAGCAAGUCCAACAUUUUGUGGAGAGAUUAUGCUUUUAUUGUGAACUUGAACAGGAAGUCUAAUUUAAUCUUUCACGUCAUUACAUUGUCUCAGGACUUUCGUCAUGCUUACGUCGGUGUAAACAGUUUAGCGCAUGCUAAAUGAUGGUACAUCGUCUGACAUUUUAAUGGCUGUCCGAAGCAUUUAUUUAAGUUAUCCCGGACUAUAAUGAAACAAUAGCGUCCUUUAGAGACAGAAAUUAAAAACCUGACGUUACAGCAACGCCAGUCACUUUUCUGAGCGUCCUUUAUUGACCCUUAGGAGACAAGUGGAUAAUAGGUAAAUACUGACGGCGGUAAACAAGGGAGCAGGUGCGUGUGGAGCCUCUUAACAUCUCCGACGUCACUCUGUCAGUCUCUAUGUAUGGCAAGCCGUUAGAAUCAAUAAUACCCCGUAUAUUAACGUGUUGUAAAUAGCCGGAUGCGACGUUUUUUCUCCCAGCCAGGCUGAGUAUCUCAACGGCUUGCCGUGCUUGCAAAGGUGUUAGCGGGCUGAGGCGAUGCGUGGGUCAGCGAGUGGCUCUUGGAGGUGAACAUUUGCUUUAGUGACCGGGGUUAACUCGGUGCCCCCUCCGCCGCCACGCCUCCCCGGAGACGACGGCCGACCUUGAGGACUCCGUCAUGGACCUGACGCGACUGGCUGUGGAUGCUGGCCAGUUCAUUAACCGAGCUGUCCAGUACACCGGAGAGAGCCUCGGCCAGGCGGAUAAGACCGAGCUGGACCCCGGGCUGGAGGGACUCCUGGCUCAGGCGGACGCCACCAAGACCUGGACGGACUCAAUCAUUUCUCAAACCGAGGUGCUACUGCAACCUAGUCUAGGAGCUCGAUUAGAGGACCGACUGUACGAGCAUCUGGAAUGGAGCGCCACGCCUCGACCCCGAGCGCACGAGUUACUGGGGGAUCAAAUGACCCAGGCUGGGCUGGAGAUCGGAUCGAACACACCCUACGGAACAGCUCUGAUAAGGUUCGGCGAGGCCCAGAAGCAGCUGGGAGAAGCCGAGAGGAAGUUUGCAGAAUCCACAAACAUUCACUUUCUCACCCCGCUGAAGAGUUUCACGGAGGGUGAAUACAGAGCCAUCCAGAAUGAGCGUAAGAUGUUGGUGAACAAGCGUUUGGACUUGGACAUAGCCAAGACCAGGCUGAGGAAAGCCCAUGAAGCAGACAGAGAGGCCAGGAACCUGAAUGCGAACCCGUUGGAUGACGACUACCUGUCUCACGUUUCCUACAUGUUCAGCUUCCUGCGUGUUAAGUGGCUUAAGAUAUGGGCUCAGGAAAUCUCUCAGGCCGAGAUGGAGCUGAGGAUCUGUCAGAGUCUUUUCGAUCAGCAGUCAGAAAUCACAAGACGGGCUCUCGAAGGAAUCAGCAACACACACAUCAACCACAUGCGGAGCCUUGCGGACUUUGUGGAUGGUCAGGCGUCAUUUUUCGCUCAGGGCAACCAACACGCUCAGGAACUGCAGAGACAGAUGUCCAGGAUUCCAGCUGUCUUUUGCUCUGAUAACUGGCAAUCAGUGGUUAAUAACGAGCCACCAAUCAGCAGCCAUGUUGCCGGUGAGCCUGUCGGGUUGGAUCAGGUCGCUCCGGUUCCCAAAGCAUCUCGCCAGCUGCCAGACUUUGACCAGGACUCGUGGACUCUUGCCGUCAAUCCUAAAACUGAAACAGAUCUCUUUUCAUCUGAUCAUGCAAACAACAAUAACAACAACAACAACAGCGCCUUUGGUACUCCCGGUCAAUCAAGCGGUCACCAAGCAGCUGUUAAAAAUCAACUAUUUACAGACCAAACAUUCGAUCUUGUAUUUACAUCCAACCAAUCAGAUGAGCUUCCUUCACCCAGCAGGACAAAUCAGGGAAUAAAUAGUUUGCCUUCUGCUGCGAGAGACUCUACCCGGGCGUCCAAUGCAACUUUUACCAAUGGUGCCGCAACAGCGGUCGCGUCGCCUCCUCCUCAAGGAAGCGCGAUCCACAAUGAGACUCAGACGGGAGACGCCGAAGCUGCUGACAUCACAGCAUCCACUGAUGUGGUUCCUGAUUCCCAAACAGCCAAUGAAACUCAUGAGCGGCCAGUCAACAACGGAGAAGAUGUCUAGUUGGGGGUUGUGACAAUUUAGAGCACUUCACAUUUGGUUCUCACAAUAUCUGGAGCUACUGCUCUAUUUAGAUGACUCAAACAUUAGUUGUGCCGAGCCGGAUUAAUUAUCCUCAUGGAGACUCCAUAGUAAUUGUAAGAGUGCUUGUUUUAGAGGGCUCAUGUCGUCAUUUUUAUAACUUUUUUUUCUUCUCGGUUGCGUUUUGGAUAGUUGCAUUAAUUUCAACGUCAAAGAAAACGAGCAAAAAGCAGCUGGAUUUGCCAGGAGGUGAUGAUGUUGCGGAGGGAACACAUAAUUGACACAUGUGCCACCCAAGAAGAUCAGAGUAUCACCAAAGUCUUCAGCUAGAAUGCAAGUUCGUAAAGUAAAGAUUUAUGAACUUUGCUUUAUGGAAAGCAAAGUGAUUUGCCAGUGAGGAGAUGGAAGCCAGCAGAAAUAUUAGCUCGAAGACUUAACUGACCGGCUCCUUACUCCAAGAUUUAAAAGUGCUCUGCAGCAGGUUUUGACCAACAUUGUCACUAUGAUGCAAAUGGGUGUCAGCAAGUACACAUUUCACAACUGUGUCGACAGCUUUAUAGUGGUUGCGUAAAAAAUUAGAGAUAAUGAAUGAAAUUAGCUGAGGAUCUCGUUUUUCUACAGAUAAUUAGCCCUAGGGGGCUUCCCAUCUGUCAUGGAACUAAAACUCUGUAAUCUAGUUAUCUUACAACAUGUGUGGUCAUAAAAAGUCACUUUAAUCCAGUUCCACAAAUGGCAGCUGAAGGGGAAGUUUAAAAUGCUGCCACAAAAUCUGUCAUUCAUUUGGCUCAGACAUGGAGAAAAGUUGCUGCUCUGAAUAAUUUUUGUGGAGAACAUGAAGGGAAUUUAAUAAGAUUGGAGACAUUUCAUGCUUUCAUCUGUGGUAACGUCUGAGAUAAAA